AUGGGAGGGAUGAAUACUUAUGCAAAGAACUGUACACGCCUAUUUACUUUCACUAUCUAUUUAUUUUCUAUCUGUCUAUCUCAUCCUGUGAAUUAUCUAUUUAUAUGUAUAUCUAUAUCUAUAUUCAUUAGCAACUUAUCUUCCAUCUCUCAUUGUAUUAAAUAUCUAUCUAUCUAUCUAUCUAUCUAUCUAUCUAUCUAUCUAUCUAUCAUUAUUAAUUAUUUGUUUCUCCAUCAAUAUGUCUCAUUCAGUCUAUCUAUCUAUCUAUUUAUCUAUCUAUCUAUCUAUCUAUCUAUCUAUCUAUCUAUCUAUCUAUCUAUCUAUCUAUCUAUUCAGUGUUAUAUCUAUCUCAAUCCAGACGGUGUUUAUCUAUGUAUUUAUCUGUCUCAGUCUGUUUACGGUGAUAUCUAUCUAUUUUCAUCCUAUCUAUCUAUCUAUCUAUCUAUCUAUCUAUCUAUCUAUCUAUUCAGUUCUGUUCACGGUGAUAUCUAUCUAUCUGUCUAUCUAUCUAUCUCUCUAUUCAGUGUUAUAUCUAUCUCAGUCUAUACGGGUGUUUAUCUAUGCAUUUAUUUUCUCAGUCUGUUUACGGUGAUAUCUAUCUAUCUAUCUAUCUAUCUAUCUAUCUAUCUAUCUAUUCAGUGUUAUAUCUAUCUCAGUCUAUACGAUGUUUAUCUAUGUAUUUAUCUUUCUCAGUCUGUUUACGGUGAUAUUUAUCUAUCUAUCUAUACAGUGUUCUAUCUAUCUAUCUAUCUAUCUAUCUAUCUAUCUAUCUAUCUAUCUAUCUAUCUCAAUACAUUCAUAGUGUUUAUAUUUAUCUAUCUAUCGCAAUGUUUUCCUAUGAUUAUUACGUAA